AUGUCAUCAGGCCCGCAGGUGUGGCACACGGCCCUGCCACCUGCCGGCAGGAGCAGCCCCACCGCCACAGUGCCCAGGUCCCGCGGCUCGGCCGGCAGCCCCAGGUCCCCCGGCAGCCCUGGAUCAGAGAAGGCGGCCUCCCCGCUGGAAUGCUCCAUCUGCUUCUCGGGCUACGACAACAUCUUCAGGACACCCAAGGAGCUCUCCUGCACCCACGUCUUCUGCCUGGAGUGCCUUGCGCGGAUGGCAGCCGCCCGGCCCACAGGCCAGCCGGGUAGCGAGGUCGUGCCCUGCCCGCUCUGCCGGCGGCCCACGGCCAUGCCCGCUGCCGGGCCCCCCGCGCUGCACACCAGCCGCCAGCUGCAGGCUCGGAUGCCAGCACACCUGCGGCAGGAGGAGCCCGUGUGGCUGGAGGGCACCAAGCUGUGCUGCUGCCCGCCGCCCUCUGCGCCUGGUCUUGCGGCGCCCGGCUUCGUGUACGUGGACGUGAGCCCGAGCAAGCCCGCCACGCCCGCAGCGCCCGUGCCCAUGCCGGGCCCUGCCCGCCGUCGGUGCUGCCUGGCCCGCUGCUGGGCGCGCCGCAGGGACUGGAGGCGCGCGGCACUCAUCGCCGUGCUGCUGCUCGCACUCUUCUGCGUGGUGCUCUGGCCCGUGCAGUGCGCGCUCAGGACCGGGAGCCUGCACUGCCUCCCCCGGCCGCCCCCCGCCGCCGCCGCCGCUGCCACCACCUUCUCCCUCGGGUCCCUAGCUGACAACUAG